AUGAAUCCUGAAUAUGACUACCUGUUCAAACUUCUUCUGAUCGGUGACUCUGGAGUCGGAAAGUCAUGCCUGCUGCUGCGCUUCGCGGAUGACACCUACACUGAGAGCUACAUCUCCACCAUCGGAGUCGACUUCAAGAUCAGGACAAUCGACAUGGACGGGAAGACUGUGAAACUACAGAUUUGGGACACAGCAGGUCAAGAGAGGUUUCGAACCAUCACCUCCAGCUACUACAGAGGAGCUCACGGCAUCAUUAUCGUCUACGAUGUCACUGAGCAGGAGUCCUUUAACAACGUCAAGCAGUGGCUGGACGAAAUAGAUCGUUACGCCUGUGAGAACGUCUCCAGGCUGCUGGUGGGAAACAAGUCUGACCUUGUUAGUAAGAAAGUGGUGGACGUUGCCACUGCUCAGGAGCUGGCCUCGUCUCUUAAAAUCCCCUUGCUGGAGACGAGUGCUAAGAGCUCUGAUAACGUGGAGAGGGCUUUCCUCACCAUGGCCUCUGAGAUCCACAAGCGUGUGGCCAGUGAGGGAGGAGGGAUGCAGGGCGAGUCGAAAGAGGCCAGGGCCCAGAGUGCCAAGAUCAACAGCGCCCCUCUGUGGUUGGGAGGGGAAAAACAGACGCAGGAGACCAGUAACUGCUGCUGAGCAGUGAUGACAGACUACACUGUUCACAAGAGAGAUGUGUCAUUUUAAACACAUCCGCCUGUCUAGCUUCAGGACUAUGUGAUGUGUGUGAUUGGACACACACUUAUUGUCAUAAUGUUGACAACUUUGCUAUUGAACUAAAAACAUAUAUACAAAAUGACUUUUCAGGGAGAAAAACUUAACUAUAAUAUAUUUUGGAGAUGGUAUUUUUGAAUUAAAUGUAAAAUAUAAUUUCUGCUUUAUUAAGGAGCAGACACAAACAGGACAGAUGACAGAAAGAUUUGAAACUCAGCUAAAUAAACAACAACCGACAGUGAGAAGAGUUUUAUAAAUAAAACAAAAACUGUAGUUGAAAACCUGUCAUAAAAAAGCAAUAUGUUAAUAAUAGUUAAUACUCACACAGAAGGAUAAGAGCUGGACUCCAAAAUGUGAUAUUAGCAGUUUGAGCCGUUUUGAAUUGUUUGAUUUAGACAGUUACCGUCAUUUCCCUCCGAAGCGAUUUAUUGUAUUUACCAGUUUUUGUUGUGUUUUGCAUGUUGUUUGUUUAUGUCAA